AUAGGACGCUUUACAAGUUUGGAAUAAAUUUGUGUCCUUAUUUGUGAAAGAUGACACACUAUACAAUAAACGAGGUGACAUCAGAAAAGUCCGACGUAACAUUUCGUGGAAUACCGUACGCUGACGCCGACCGGACAGGGCAUUGGAGUAUAUGGGCGAUAUCACUACUCUUUCAAGCUAACAGAGCAGUUGGUAUGACGAAUUCCUUCAUGUAUAUGGACAAAUUGCUCACAAAAAACGUCGGGCAUGUAAUAACAAAACAGAUAUUAGACAUCAACCCGCUGGUUUAUAGAUACACGUACAAAACACCUAUCAGAUUGAGAUUUUUAAUGGACAUCAAGGAGAUCGGAAACUCUUCCAUAAUCUUCGGUACUGCUCUAUACGAUGAAGAGACUGGACUAAAACUUGCUCAGAAUUUGCUCAAAUUUGUACAGAUCAACACAGAGACUAGGAAGUCAUUGCCAUUUCCAAGCUGGUUUCAAACUAGUUUGUCUCACCUCAAAAUGACAGGGAAGUAUACCAGCCUAAAUAGAACCACCCUUCCUGAAACACCUGAAAACUAUUUCCGAUGGAAAGUUAUUGUUCGCUACAGUGAUCUAGAUAAAAACAUGCAUUCUAAUCAAGCCACUUACCUAAAACUUUUCAUGGACUGUGCUACCAAAGCAUCAACAUCAGGAUAUUAUCGCCAUUUUAAAACUGAUAUGUGCUGGUUUAAUGUGGAACAUGUUGCUAUUAAUUAUAUUGGAGAAAGUUUUGUGGAUGAUGAACUUGAGAUAUAUACCUGGCAAGACAAUUCAGAUGAUUCUAAAAUAUUCUUUUCAUGUUGUAAAGACAAAAAACAGAUUACCUUUGCAGAGUUCAAGUAUGGAAUAGAAAGAACUAAGCUUCUUUCAUCUGCAAAAUUAUAGCUUCAUCAAGGAACACAUAACAAUAUAAUUAAGGUGGUACAUAACACUACAGGGAGAUAACUCUGUAAAAAUCAGCUAAACAUUUUAAUCAUGUUCUAUUGUUAAGGAAAUAUUAAGCUUCUCAAUGAUCAAAAUUAGUGUUUGUCAAACUGCUAUCAUGGCUAAAUAUCCAAUGAAUUUUUUCCGAUAAAGUGUGUGGUUCAAGUUUUUUGAAAGUUUUAUAUUUUUGUCAAAGGGUCAUAAUAAAAAUUUUUGUCAAAAUUUUAUGAUACAUGUAAUUAAACGAGCCAAUUUAAUUUUAUUCAAGGUGUUUGGUACCACCUUAAAUAAUUUCUAUUUUACUAUUCAUUGAAUGUAUUGGAUUAUUAUUAAUUUAAUCAGAUAGACAAUAAUUAUAAUUUCCAGUGCUCAGUCAGGGGCGGAUUCAGGCGGGGGUGUGGCGGGCGUGCACCCCCCCCCCCCCCCCCUAAAAUUUGCAAAGCAUGAGUUGUCCUCAGCCUAAUUCUCGCUAAUUUUACCACAAAAUAUUUUAAGUUUGAGCCCCCCUAACCUAUUAUCCUGGAUCCGCCCCUGUCAGUCAAGGACUAAUAAUUAACAUGUUAUGCAAUUUGUGCACUUUUAUAUAUUUUAUAUGUUUUAAAACAAUUGAAAAUACUCACUCAGGUUUAUCAUGUUUAUAAUCAAGAUAAAUAAGAAAUUAAAUUUAUGAAUACUUAA